UGGGUGAACCCACAGUUGGGUUUUCAGGCCAAACUAAGCUUGGAUGCUGAGGCAGCCCGUACUGGGCCUCGCCUCCCCAGCCCCAAACUCCACCCUUUCCUUCCUGGAGAGCAGCCAAGUCCCAGUGCACGCCAGACCCCUCCCACCCUGGACCUACAAGCCCUCAGCUCCUGAGGUGGCCGGGCAGUCUGCAGUCUGCAGAGGAACCGGGAGGUCAGCAUCGCAGGUAUAAAGCAUUCAGCGUUGUCCCCGUGGCUCAGAGAGGUGUGGCCCCACCCUUGACACAGCAGCAUGGAGAAGAUCCAUGAUGUGACCCGGCCGCCGUUGGAGUAUGUGAAGGGGGUCCCCCUGAUCAAGUACUUUGCUGAGGCCAUGGGGCCUCUGCAGAGCUUCCAAGCCAGGCCUGAUGACCUGCUCAUCAGCACCUAUCCCAAAUCUGGCACCACUUGGGUGAGCGAGAUUCUGGACAUGAUCUACCAGGGUGGCGAUCUGGAGAAGUGCCACCGGGCCCCCAUCUUCAUCCGGGUGCCUUUCCUCGAGUUCAAGGCGCCAGGACUCCCCUCAGGAAUGGACACUCUCAAAGACACACCAACCCCGCGGCUCCUCAAGACGCACUUGCCCCUGACUCUGCUCCCCCAGACCUUGCUGGACCAGAAGGUCAAGACCAUCUAUGUCGCCCGCAAUGCAAAGGAUGUGGCUGUCUCCUAUUUCCACUUCUACCGCAUGGCCAAGGUGCACCCGGACCCCGGCACCUGGGACAGCUUCCUGGAGAAGUUCAUGGCUGGGGAUGUGUCCUAUGGGUCCUGGUACCAGCAUGUGAAGGAGUGGGAGGAGCUGAGCCAUACCCAUCCGAUUCUCUAUCUGUUCUACGAGGACAUGAAGGAGAACCCCAAAAGGGAGAUUCAGAAGAUCCUGGAGUUCCUGGGGCGCUCCCUGCCGGAAAAGACUGUGGAUUACAUCGUCGAGCAGACGUCCUUCAAGGAGAUGAAAAAGAACUCCAUGGCCAACUACAGCAACGUCCCCACUGAAGUCAUGGACCACAGCAUCUCGAACUUCAUGCGGAAAGGCAUUGCAGGGGACUGGAAAAACACCUUCACUGUGGCCCAGAAUGAGCGCUUUGACGCCGACUACGCCGAGAAAAUGGCCGGCUGUGGCCUUCACUUCCGCACGGAGCUAUGAGGGAGCCAGGCGGGGAGAGUGCCCAGGGGGUUGGGGGGGGGGGGGUGUG